UCCAAUCCCCCCGUGCCACGCCCCCAUUGCAUUCGCUCCUCCUUCAGACCACCCCCCGCAACUCCCUCCGCUUGGCCCUUCAUCCCCUCCCCGCGCUGCAAAGCGCGUCUCCUCCUCUCCCCCGUGCACACGCCUUGCGCCGCGUCGCGCCCCCGGGCGCUGCCCUGCCCGCUUCUGCUGGGGGCUGCUCCGGAUCGUCAUGGCGCCGCUGCUGCUCUCGCUGGCCGUCGCGCUCCUGCUCUUCUAUCUGGGCUUCGUGCGGCGCCGCCCCGGGAUCCCCCGCGCCGCCUUCCGCCGCCGGGAGCCGGGCCGGGCCGGGGACAGCGGCCACCAGCCCCCGCGGGACGCAUGGGGUCCCCGGCUGUCCGGCUUCCCGCUGCGCCUCUUUGUGCAUGUGGCUAACACGGCUUUCGGGCAGUUUUGUGUAAUGCCGCUUUUAUUGAGGAUGAAUAACUUCACUAUCAUGCACUAUCUUGAUAUCCAUGAAGACCCCACGUUUAUUCCAGAGGUUGCUGCUGAGGGAAGAAAGGAAAAGCCUGAGACUAAAAACACAUUGGAGGUUCUCAGGCAGUUGAUGGAGACCAGGUCUCAUCGUGCCAACACUGGGUUCAGUUUCAAAGGGAUCCAGGACUAUCUGAACUGCUACCGGACUGGGGAGUUGACACCCUUACAGGUUGCUCAGAAUAUUAUCUCCUCGCUGGAGGACUGUGAGAAAUCCAGCCCCCCUCUCCGAGCAAUCGUGCAGUGGGACCGGGCACAGAUACAGAAGAUGGCUGAAGCCUCCACUACUCGUUACAGGAAUAAAUGCCCCCUUUCUCUUCUGGAUGGAAUCCCUGUUUGCAUAAAAGAAGAGAUUAAAGUUGUGCCUUAUCACUUCCGAGCGGGAACGGCAUACCUUGGGACAGAGCCAGAGACUGAAGAUGCUACAGUGACCAGGAAGCUGCGGGAGGCUGGAGCAAUCAUUAUCGGGGUCUCAAACAUGCAUGAACUAGGGACUGGAACCACUGGCUGUAACCCCAACAAAUUCCAUGGCACCGCUAGGAACCCAUACAACCCCCAGCAUUUCACUGGGGGCAGCUCCAGUGGAUCGGCUGCUGCUGUGGCAGCAGGUCUUUGCCCAUUGGCUCUUGGCACUGACGGAGGCGGCUCUGUGAGGAUUCCUGCUUCUUUCUGUGGUGUCGUGGGGCUGAAAGGUACAUUUGGGCUCAUCAGUUGUCACGGCUGCCUUCCACUCUCCUACUCGACCUGCAGCCUUGGCCCCAUUUGUACGUCAGUGACAGAUGCAGCCAUUGCGUACAGCAUCCUAGCUGAGCCAGAUCCACUGUACCCAUAUGGACUACAGCAGCCAAAACCAUCCCUGUCUGAAAUCCUCACUCCUGACCUCAAGGGCUUAAAAUUGGGCGUGAACUGGACUUUUUUUAAGGCUUGUGAUGCAGAAAUUUUGGCAGUCUGCCAAAAAGCUGUAGAGCACCUGCAGGCUUUAGGUGCCUCUGUGGUGGACGUGCCCCUGCCGGAGAUGGAGGAGGUGCGGAUGGCGCAUGUGAUCUGCAUUCUCAGCGAGAUGAGGGAUUUCCUGCAGCCUGACUUCAACACCCACUUCCAGCAAAUGAAUCUGGAGACACGGCUCAACCUUACUCUGGCUUCCCACUUCACAGCUCUGGAUUAUAUUAAGGCAAAUCGGCAGAGGACUCGGAGCAUGAGCUUUUUGCGAGAGAUCUUCGCCAGCGUGAACUGUAUCCUCACCCCAGCCACCGCUUGCACUGCCCCAAGAAUCCAGGACUCUGACCUCUUGACGGGGAACAACGAUGUUCUAACGACAGUAAGGAGCAUGAGAUACAUGCAGCUUGGAAACUUCACAGGCAUCCCGGGUCUGGUGGUGCCAGUCGGGUACACGGCCAAUGGGCUUCCCAUCAGCUUUCAGGUCAUGGCAACGUGGUGGGACGAGGCCGUUCUUUUCCGGGUUGGCCUGAAGCUGGAGGAGUUCCGUGACACGACCAGGAAGCCAGCCAUUUAUUACGACGUCCUCGCAUGACAGGAGUCCCAGAAAGGAGAUGCUGUGAUUGUUCCGGUCUGAUCCGACUGAGCAUUACUGGGAAAGGAGUUACUGCUUUUAACAUUGAUCUCAAUGAGGGGUGGCGGCGGCAGCAGCAGGGCUGUUUACAUAGUGGAAUAGUAGAGUUUGUUCUAGGAUGAUAUUUAUUCCCAUGCAGGGUCAAUGCUGCCCUCAGGUGCAGGGGCUGUAAGAGGAUACCAGUCUACGCAUGGAUGUGGGGCUAAUGGAUGGGUGCAGAAACACAAUUUAUUUUUGUAGUUAGGUUCAGUUUGAGGUGCUAUAUGGAUAGGACCAGCCAGGGAUGCUCUCAGGAUGACCUCCUAUACAUGGGCUGCACUAGUAAAAAUCAGCUAUGGGUGCACAGCUCCCCCAGCCUUCCAUGGGAGGUGGGAGGACAUCCCUGGCACAAUGCAGCCCAUGGUCCUCAAGUAAAUCCUUUUGCCCUAAUUACACUCUAGAAAAGGGGAAUGAAACACUGCACUUUUCUGGGUGUUAUGUUUUUUCUGUUUUGUUUGGGCAGGGGAGGCAGUAUCCCUGCUGCAGCAGGAGAGUUUUUCCACUCAGGAUAAUUUAAUAGGAUCUGACGGCUCCUGGAGCCAAGUAGGUGGUGCAUAUAAAAUGUUGUCAUAGGACCAGUCUCUCUUGCAGUGUAUGUGAUAACUAAAGAAACUAAACAAAACUCUGCAGGAACAUAGGAAAAUGAAGUCUUUUAAAGUUGCUUUUAGAUUUCUGCUGCUUCCCCACCUCUGCUGGCAGAAUAACUUGGCAUUUUUUGUUAGUGUGGGUUUUCCCUGUGAAACUGGGAAAUGUUAUGAAUGGAGCCCUUCGUAGAGCCUGAGGGUGGGAUGCACAGAACUGCAGAAGCCCAACAAGCAUGUCUAACUGCAGCACAGCAGUAGGUAAGAGGUCAUAAGGGCUGGGUCAUUAUAUCCCUUCUAACAGCCAGCACCUCCUGCUAAGAGUUGCUGGAGGAGCUAUCUAAGCACUGAAAGGGGAACUAAACUGUGGACCAAGGAGAGGGCAGCUCUCCCUGCGUAGGAGGGAUUUUUACUGGUCCACCCUCUUAUGCGUCCAAAAAGCACAUGCUGAACCCUGUUUACCACAGCCAGUCUCUGCUCUUGUUUCCCUGAAGAGGCCAGGGCCAGCUAAAGAUCACAACCUAUAGGAAAACUUCUUGCCUUAAGUUCUCAUAGGCACCUUUCUCUACCCUCUGGGAUGGCUUGAGCAGUGGCAUAUUAGUGCCUAGGCCAACUAGGCCUAGGGGGGCAAAUUUGCAAGGGUGGCAUAUUUGCUCGAACCCACUCCCUCUUCCCCAAAUCCCUGGCCCCCCUCCUCCCCCCUCCAGGGGUGCUGCACUUCCCUCCUUACACCUCUGUCCCAGGCUUGCAGUGCGAAAGUGCUGGCAGGGAGGGAGAAGGGAGAAGCGAGUAGCAGUGCACUCGGAGGAGGCAGAGCAGAGGUGAGCUGGGGCCCACGGCCAUGGGGAGUAACCCGGGUGGGGCUGGGAACCGUUCCCUGCCCCAGCUCACCUCUGCUCUACCGCUGCCAUCCCGAGUGCGCCGCAACUCCCCUUCUCCCCCCUCCCUCCCUCCCAGGCUUACUGUGGGGGGCAGCAAAUUUGUUAAUCCGCCAUGGGGCUUGAGGCUUCUGCCUGCCCUUUCGCGUUCAGCUUAGUCACUUUAUCAGAGCAAGAAAAGGCCUAGCACUAAACGUUAGUAGGUGGUAGGGCUUCUAGCUGAGACUAAAGAGAUGCACUUACCAGGGAAGCUCCUGGAUUCGUUCAAUAUAUUCUUCCUGCUACACCCUCUCUUCCAGGUUUUAAAUAUAAAGUUGUUGCAAAAGCCAGUGUAGGACAAGAGCCACACCCAUUUCCCUGACUAGGAAAUGGUGGAGCUUUCAGUGCAGGAAGCAAAGGGAAGUUUUGUUUUGAAACCCCUCUCAAUCCAUUUUCAUCUUCUAAAUGGACCUGACCUUACACUGAGGAUUAAGACUGCUUGUUUCAUAGCAUUCAAAUGGAAAUGCACCCCAGUGGCCCCUACUGUUGUCUCUACCUUCAGUUCCUGCUGGGAAACAUCAGCAGCCACUGCUAAUUGCUAGCAUCACUGGCAGUUAGAGAUUGUGAAACUGCUGGGAUCUUUGAAUGUUUUUCAGUUCCUCUCUACUGUAACUAUGUAGCUAAGCAAUGAGAACUAGGCUCUGGUAUCUUCCUCUGAAGAGCAACAGCCUUAUCACUGAUAAACAAAUACUUUAUCCACUGUAACCUUAAUUCUAGUUUGGUACAUUUCUGUGGAGGGGCUACAAGUGUCUGUGUAUUGCCUAAAGGCACUAGGAGACUUUACCGGCAUGUCCUGCAUUGGGAUGGUUAUGGAUGAUCACUCAAAUAAACAAGUUCUCUCUUUCUCUGCUGAGUCUGCUCUUUGUAGGUGACUGAGUCUCUAUUUGCAGGGGUGACCUCAAAACGUUGCUGUGAAGAGGGCCAGGGGGUACUAGAAAU